AUGUGGAAGCCGGAAUCAACAUUUGACCUAAUCGCAAUCGAUCAAGAUUUCUAUCUGGCUAAAUUUGAAACACUCCAAGAUUACGAGUUUGCUAAAUAUGAAGGACCCUGGAUUAUCAUGGGUCAUUACCUAACAGUGCAGCAAUGGAUGCCCAAUUUCUUCCCCCACAAGAACAAGCUGGAUAAACUGCUGGUCUGGGUGAGGUUCCCUGCGGUUCCAAUUGAAUAUUUUGAGGAUGACUUCCUGAAAAAAAUAGGGAAAUACAUAGGGCGACCGAUUAAGGUUGACACCACCACAAGCCUGGUAUCAAUAGGCAGAUUCGCCAGGGUAUGUGUGGAAUUGGAUCUAACAAAACCAUUACUGUCAAAAUUUACCUUGGGUGGCGAGGUCAUCCCAAUUGAAUAUGAGGGGAUUCAAAUGGUAUGCUUCAAGUGCGAUAUAUUCGGCCACAAGAAGGAACAAUGUGGAAUGGACAACCAAGAAACUGGAAACGCAACAUAUGCCCCGGACUCAGAACAGGCCUAG